AAAACAAAGAGGACAGACGAAGAAGACUGCGAUCCAGAAGUCAGAAGAAGAAGAAGAGGGAAGUGUUUAUUGUACCCUUUUAGUUAAUUUGCGACGAAUCUCUGACUUUUUGGCCUUACUGAUACCAGGAGCUUCAAAAAUUCACAAUGAACCUGGAACGACUGCCCAAUGAAGAGAAACUUAGCCUGUGCCGGAAAUAUUAUUUAGGUGGCUUUGCAUUUCUGCCAUUCCUAUGGCUGGUCAAUGUAGUUUGGUUCUUCAAGGAGGCAUUUGUAAAGCCAGUCUACACUGAACAGCUGCAGAUCAAAACUUAUGUGAAGCGGUCAGCACUGGGGUUGCUGUUAUGGGUAGCUGUCCUCACCACAUGGAUUACUAUUUUCCAGCACUUCAGAGCAGAGUGGGGGGAGGUGGGAGAUUACCUCUCUUUUACAAUUCCACUGGGCAUUCCCUGAGACUUUUUUCUACGUCGGGUCUUGUGAAAAUAACUAAUGAUCCACUAAAAUGGACCAAAGAAUUUUCCUUCUUUAACUACAGUGAGCGAUUCUGGUGAUUUGUCUGGUCUGUGGAGCUAAAUCUAAUGGCUGAAAAACAUUAACAGAGUAAUCGCUUGCGUCUUCAAAAGAUAAAUGCUGUAGGAUUCGAAAAUAUGUUUUUUUGUGCUUGCUAAGGCAUUUGUUCUUUGGUUUUAGAGUAGGUUAAUUAAUCUUGUUUAGCAGACGAUAUUAACUGUCAUGACAGUAUCUAACAGUAUCUAAUGACGAAGCUGGAGAUUGAACAUGAUUCAACAAACUGUUUUUUUCCCUUGACUUCAUUGUGGAGUUAGUUUAUGUGUGAUUGUGCACCCUGAACUAUUUUUACGUGUGUAUGAAUGAUGAAUAAAUAAAAAAAAAAUCCCAAAUGCC